GGAAGGGUUCUCUGGUGACAAGUGGCUUCUCAGCUCUGAGAGACACAGUUGGGCUCAUUCAGACUUGAAUGAGCCCAAAUGCACAGGCCUGUCAUCCCAGCUGAGAAAGGGGCUGAGACAGGGUUCCAAGCUCAGGUUUUGGAGAGGCAACUUAUCAGGGCCUUGUCUUCAAAAGUAAAAGGGGCGGAGCCCCCGCCUAGACUCUCCAGUGAGGGGCUGGGGGCGUGGCGAGGGUGGGGCCCCGCCCAGAAUGCCCCAGUGAGGGCUGGGGGCGUGGUCAGGGUGGAGCCCCGCCUAAGAUGCUCUGGUUUUCUGUACUAAGUUUGAGGUGUCUGGUCUCAGCCUCACGGAGGAGGCCACCCAAUUGUCUGGGAGUGGUACCAGCAUGCAGGUCAGCCCUGGGCUCUGAGCCUGGCCAGGCUGCCCUGGGCUCCGUCCUGGUCCUCCCCAAAGUCGGGGCAGCAUUGGCUGGCAAGCGUAGCCUGGGUCUGCCCUUCUGGGACAGGUGUGUGUCUCUACCUCGUGCCUGAGGGUGUUUAUCCUUCAUGGGCGCAGUGUCUCUCUGGGUCAGAGAAGCCACUGGCAGCCCCAGGGCCCCCAAAGCGCGCACUGAGAUUUUUUUUCCCCCUAACUUCUCUCUCUCUCUCUCUUUCGAGUGGGGGUGGAGCGGGAACACUAGGUUCCAACCCACGCCUCAGUUUCCCCAGCGGGUCUUGGGAGCCGAGGAAGCAAAGCAGGCGGGGGCGGUGGUGCCACCUUAAGGCGGGUCCCGCCCGCGGCUCCCAGCCGAGCCCCGCGGAGGGAGGCGGCUCCGCAGCCACCGCGGCCACCAGCGCCGACCCCGGGCGGCGGCCAAGGACCUGCGGUGCAGACUGCAGCUGCCCCCGGGCUGGACGAUCCGGGGCGCGCUGGCGGGAGCUCUAGCUCUGCACCCCAGUUUUUCUUUUGCCACAUCUCAAGCCUCCGCGAAGCUGGGGGGACCCUUCUCCCACCCGUCCAUCAACAGGAUGUACCCCCAGGGAAGGCACCCGAGCCCUCUGCAAUCUGGCCAGCCUUUCAAGUUCUCAGUCCUGGAGAUCUGUGACCGGAUCAAAGAGGAAUUCCAGUUUCUCCAAGCUCAAUACCACAGCCUCAAGCUGGAGUGUGAGAAGCUGGCCAGCGAGAAGACAGAAAUGCAAAGGCAUUACGUGAUGUACUACGAGAUGUCCUACGGGCUCAACAUUGAGAUGCAUAAGCAGGCUGAGAUCGUGAAACGCCUCAGCGCGAUCUGCGCCCAGAUAGUCCCAUUCCUCACGCAGGAGCACCAGCAGCAGGUCCUCCAGGCCGUGGACCGAGCCAAGCAGGUGACCGUGGGGGAACUGAACAGCCUCCUGGGGCAGCAGAACCAGCUCCAGCCGCUCUCCCACGCUCCCCCUGCGCCGCUCACCCCUCGCCCGGCCGGCCUGGUGGGUGCCGGGGCCACGGGGCUGCUGGCCCUGUCCGGGGCGCUGGCUGCACAGGCUCAGCUGGCGGCUGCCGCCAAGGAAGACCGCGUGGGUUCGGACCCCGAAGGGUCCAGAGUGGACAGAGCUGUGAGCAGGAGUGCUUCACCCUCCCCUCCUGAGAGUCUGGUGGAAGAGGAGCACCCUAGCAGUCGUGGUGGCAAUGGCAAGCAGCAGAGAGAAGACAAGGAUCUGUCAGGGCCUUAUGAAAGUGAUGAAGACAAGAGUGAUUACAACCUGGUCGUGGACGAGGACCAACCCUCAGAGCCCCCCAGCCCUGAGACCACCCCCUGUGGAAAGGGGCCCGUCUGCAUGUCUGCUCGCAGGGACCUUGCAGACAGUCCGGCCUCCCUGGCCUCCAGUUUGGGCUCACCGCUCCCGAGAAGCAAAGACCUGGCCCUGACGGAUCUUCCCACGGGCACUUCUGCCUCCAGGUCCUGUGGCCCCUCCCCACCCCAGGACUCAUCCACCCCGGGGCCCAGCUCCGCCAGUCACCUCUGCCAGGUAGCGGCUCAGGCAGCUCCGUCUUCAGAUGGCAUCGCCCUGAGGAGCCCCCUGACCCUGUCCAGCCCCUUCACCUCAUCCUUCAGCCUGGCCCACAGCACCCUCAACGGGGACCUGUCCGUGCCCAGCUCCUACGUCAGCCUCCACCUGUCCCCCCAGGUCAGCAGCUCUGUCGCAUAUGGACGCUCACCCCUGAUGGCAUUCGAGUCACACCCACAUCUUAGAGGCUCGUCCAUCUCCUUGCCUGGCAUCCCCGGGGCUAAGCCGGCUUACUCCUUCCACGUGUCCGCGGAUGGCCAGAUGCAGCCAGUGCCCUUCCCGUCUGACGCCCUGGUGGGCACCGGCAUCCCUCGCCACGCCCGGCAGCUGCACACGCUGGCCCACGGCGAGGUGGUGUGUGCCGUCACCAUCAGCGGCUCCACGCAGCACGUGUACACGGGCGGCAAGGGCUGCGUGAAGGUGUGGGACGUGGGCCAGCCGGGCAGCAAGACACCCGUGGCCCAGCUGGACUGCCUGAACCGCGACAACUACAUCCGUUCCUGUAAGCUGCUCCCCGACGGCCAGAGCCUCAUCGUAGGCGGCGAGGCCAGCACCCUGUCCAUCUGGGACCUGGCAGCACCCACGCCGCGCAUCAAGGCAGAGCUGACCUCCUCCGCCCCGGCCUGCUACGCGCUGGCCGUCAGCCCCGACGCCAAGGUCUGCUUCUCCUGCUGCAGCGACGGCAACAUUGUAGUCUGGGACCUGCAGAACCAGGCCAUGGUCAGACAGUUCCAGGGCCACACAGACGGGGCCAGCUGCAUUGACAUAUCGGACUAUGGGACCCGGCUGUGGACCGGCGGCCUGGACAACACGGUGCGCUGCUGGGACCUACGUGAGGGGCGCCAGCUUCAGCAGCAUGACUUCAGCUCCCAGAUUUUCUCGCUGGGCCACUGUCCCAACCAGGACUGGCUGGCCGUGGGGAUGGAGAGCAGUCAUGUGGAGGUCCUGCAUGUGCGCAAGCCGGAGAAGUACCAGCUCCGCCUGCACGAGAGCUGCGUGCUGUCGCUCAAGUUUGCUUCCUGUGGACGCUGGUUCGUGAGCACGGGCAAGGACAACCUGCUGAACGCCUGGAGGACACCGUAUGGGGCCAGCAUUUUCCAGUCCAAAGAGUGUUCUUCUGUGUUGAGCUGCGACAUCUCCAGGAACAACAAAUACAUCGUGACAGGCUCGGGGGACAAGAAGGCCACUGUGUAUGAGGUGGUGUACUGAGCCCAUCGGCCUGCAUCUCCAGGUCACCUGUCCUGGACGGCCACUCGGGACACAGUUCCCUCAGCUCACACCUUGGCUCCCUCCCUCCUGGCUGGGGAAAUAUAACCUAUUCAUCAACCCGC